AUGGCCACAGACAUCAGCGCUCGGGGCGGACAGCGUGCCAUUGGCCACGAGGAGUACAGCCUGUACAGCAGCAUGAGCGAGGAUGAGCUGGUCCAGAUGGCCAUUGAGCAGAGCCUGGCUGACAAGACGCGGGGGCCAACCACGGCCGAGGCCACCGUGUCCACAUGCACCAACCGCCAACCUGCCCAUUUCUACCCGUGGACCAGAUCCAGAGCGCCUCCAGAGAACCCGGCGGCCUCGGCUCCCAUGGGUCUGUUCCAAGGGGUCAUGCAGAAAUACAACCGAAACAAGACCUCCCAGGCUGCGCCCAUGGACCCCGUGCUAAAGGCCAUCAAGGAAGACGAUGAGGAGGCAGUGAAGGCGAUGAUCAAGGCGGGGAGGAAUCUCGCAGAGCCUAACAAGGAGGGCUGGCUGCCUCUGCACGAGGCGGCCUACUACGGCCAGCUGAGCUGCCUGAAGGCCCUGCAACGAGCAUACCCGGCAACCAUCGACCAGCGCACCCUGCAGGAGGAAACAGCCCUUUACCUGGCGACAUGCAGGGGACACUUGGACUGCCUCCAAUCCCUGCUCCAGGCUGGGGCUGAGCCUGACAUCUCCAACAAGUCUCGAGAGACACCACUCUACAAAGCUUGUGAGCGCAAGAACGUGGAGGCCGUGCGCAUCCUGGUGCAGUACAACGCAGACACCAACCAUCGCUGCAACCGAGGCUGGACGGCUCUGCAUGAGUCUGUUUCCCGCAAUGACCUGGAGGUCAUGGAGGUCCUGGUGAGCGGAGGUGCCAAGGUGGAGGCCAAGAAUGCAUACGGCAUCACCCCCUUGUUCGUAGCUGCCCAGAGUGGGCAGCUGGAGGCACUGAGGUUCCUGGCCAAACAUGGCGCUGACAUCAACACGCAGGCCAGCGACAGCGCGUCGGCCCUCUACGAGGCCUGCAAGAACGAGCAUGAGCUGGUGGUGGAGUUCCUGCUGUCUCAGGGUGCCGACGCCAACAAGGCCAACAAGGACGGCAUGCUCCCGCUGCACGUCGCCUCCAAAAAGGGCAACUACAGGGCGCCCGAGCGCGCGCGCCUCUACGAGGACCGUCGCAGCUCGGCGCUCUACUUCGCCGUGGUCAACAACAACGUGUACGCCACCGAGCUGCUGCUGCUGGCCGGCGCCGACCCCAACUGCGACGUCAUCAACCCCCUGCUCGUGGCCAUCCGCCACGGCUGCCUGCGCACCAUGCAGCUGCUGUUGGACCACGGCGCCAACAUCGACGCGUACAUCGCCACGCACCCCACCUCCUUCCCCGCCACCAUCAUGUUCGCCAUGAAGUGCCUGUCGCUGCUCAAGUUCCUCAUGGACCUCGGCUGCAACGGCGAGCCCUGCUUCUCGUGCCUGUACGGCAACGGCCCGCACCCGCCCGCCCCGCCGCCCUCCAGCAGGUUCAGCGACGCGCCCACGGGCAACAAAGAACCCGGCGUGGUCCAGUUCUGUGAGAUCCUGUCUGCCCCCGAGGUGAGCCGCUGGGCAGGGCCCAUCAUCGAUGUCCUUCUGGACUAUGUGGGCAACGUGCAGCUCUGCUCACGGCUGAAGGAGCACAUCGACAGCUUCGAGGACUGGGGCGUCAUCAAGGAGAAGGCAGAACCUCCGAGACCCCUGGCCCACCUUUGCCGGCUUCGAGUUCGAAAGGCCAUUGGGAAGUACCGUAUAAAACUCCUGGACACGUUGCCGCUCCCAGGCAGGCUGAUUAGAUACCUGAAGUAUGAGAGUACCCAAUAA